AUGGUUAUAUAUGCUUUUAUUAAAUUCUUAUUCAUCAAAAUUAUCUUUAGACUUAAAUAUCUCUUGACUUUAAAAGUUUAAUAGAUUAAUAAGAACAGUAAAAUGAUUAUCUUAUAUCUAUAGUAUUUUCAAUUUGUGGUAAAAGUGAUUUGAAUGUUUUAAUUUCUAUGGGUUUUGAUAAGAAGUUAAGAUUUGUGGUCAUUUAAAUAGAACACAAUGGGAAUGAAGUUAUCUCCACUUUAUGAAUUAAAUUUAACUAAUAUUAGAAUUGUUGUGGAGUAUAAUUAAAAAGAAAGAAUAUUUGAAUAUGUUCAUGUAGAUUAUAAAAUUAAAUGGUUUUGAUGUGAUAAAAUUUAGAGGUAAUAUAUAUAACACUGUAUCUAUAAAUAUAUUUAAAGUUGAGGAUUCUAAAAUAGGAAAUCGAUUAUAAAUUAGCACCUUAUCUA